AUGAUUGACGUGGACUGGAGGGGGCUCAUCCUCCCGGUCUCCUACCUGCUGGUGCUCGGCGGCACCUUUGUCACCUUCUCUACGGUGUACCGGAAACGGAAAGCAGCCCAAAGCGCGAACCUGAGCCCUUGGUUCCCGCCGCACCUUCAGCGCAACAUCUACCUCUCGCUCCUGCACAUGGAGCCGGCGGCCGGCGGGGCGGAGAAGAAGACGCCCAGGGUGCCGGACUCGGUGGUGCGGGCCGCGCUGCUCCGGCGAGCGGUCGAGGACAUCCGGCGCAUCAUCCAAAUCCGCACGGGCAAGCAGGCGUGCGGGAUGCUGCUGCAGCGCGGCAGCGUGGGUGACGACCUCUGGCAGCGGUUCCAGCGUGCGGAGCGUGAGAUGGAGGAGGAGCUGCGCGACGUCGUCAUGGAGGCCAACGCGCUGGUGCCCAACUGGGGCCAGAUCAUCUUCCAGACCGCCAACGCCAUUGCCGGCAACGCCCAGCUGCGCGACAAGCUCGACGCCAUCCAGAGCCAGGUGGGCGCCGAGAAGGCCUGGUGGGCUCGACGCAAGGCCAGCAUCACGGAGGAGCUGCUGAGCGAGGAGGACAAGGGAAAGGCAGCUACGACGGCAGCGGCGGCGCCGGCGAUACCCAAGACGACCGUCCCAGCUUCCAUAGCGUCCAGACCAACUACCUCCUCUUCGAGACCAUCCACGCCGGCCACAGGCAAGACCGACGACGACGGCGUGCUCGUGGAUGUCGGCACGCCCGGCAGCACGGCUUCGACGGGUGGCGGCAAGAAGAAGAAGGGCAAGAAAUAG